CGCCACUCAUUAAUUUCUACUCUAUGAAAACGAAUCGAUUAUCAUCACCCCAGACUAUUACGGUUCUCGAGGCCGGCCUUGAAAGGGCAGAUGGAUACAAUGGCUGAGCUUGUGGCUUUCCUCGAGAAGGCGCAUUGGGAGAAACGGGGCAAGGAUACCUCAAUAUGUGUCGACGAAAAUCUCGAAUCUGUAUUGGCAAAACUUGCGUCGGGACUCCCUGAUUUGAAGGGUCAUGAUCUACAGGCAUGGAAGACCACGAGAUCGACGAGGAUAGUGAAGACAGCGGCCUAUCUUAUCCCUAUUUGCACAAUCGAGGGAAUGCCGCGAGUCGAAAACGGUCCUGAACUCACACCAGGUUCGCGGCCGUUCUACUUUGAAGACGAAAUUGUUAUAUCCGGCUCGCUUUACUACGUCCUUGCCUUACCCCCCAAACCGAAAUCGGAUUGAGAUCAACUACUGUCAGGGUUACGGAACAAGUCACAAUGAUUCCAAUAGUACCAAAAUUGAUAUACAUCCAUAAUGACCAUACUACUCAUCGGUUCAGACAACCUAAUAUGGAUAUCUAGCUUUUCCAUAACUAUGUCGCUGUAACAGGGUGUUGACCUAAGACAUUGUUCGGGAUAUUUGGCGGAGACCAUUGAUAUGCUCCUUCUUCGACUGGAACUAUAUCGUCUAUUGAAGGCCAGGAAAUUCGAGGUUCGGCAGAAGCAAUUAUCGCGU